UUAAAGUCUAAAAUCCCUAUUUUGAAUGAAAUGUAAUCAGAAUUAGAGUUGAUCGAGAAUUGAGAUGGAAUUUGAGGAUAUACAGUUGAUUGAUGAGGGAGAAAAGGGGCAGGUGGAAGGUGAAGAUGAUGGAGGAGAAAGUGUGGAUGAUGAGGUUAUUAGGGUUUUACGAGAAGCCCUCCACGUUGGUAGGGUGGUCGAAAGAGUUGACCUCUCCGGUCGCCACCUCAAAUUUCUCCCUGAGCUCUUUGGCAAGAUUCAUGCCCUCCUCCUUCUCGAUCUCUCCCACAAUCAACUCCAGAUGAUUCCCGACUCAAUUUCAGGACUACAAAAAUUGAAUGAGCUCAACGUGUCAUCAAAUAUUUUGGAAACCUUGCCGGAUGCCAUUGGACUCUUGGUGAAUCUAAAGGUUUUGAAUGUUUCUAGCAAUAAAUUAAAGAAACUCCCUGAAAGCCUCGCUGGUUGCAGGUCUUUGAUUGAGCUGGAUGCAGGCUUUAAUGACUUGAUGUUUUUGCCAAAAAACAUUGGUUAUGGAUUGAUGAUUCCCGACUCAAUUUCAGGACUACAAAAAUUGAAUGAGCUCAACGUGUCAUCAAAUAUUUUGGAAACCUUGCCGGAUGCCAUUGGACUCUUGGUGAAUCUAAAGGUUUUGAAUGUUUCUAGCAAUAAAUUAAAGAAACUCCCUGAAAGCCUCGCUGGUUGCAGGUCUUUGAUUGAGCUGGAUGCAGGCUUUAAUGACUUGAUGUUUUUGCCAAAAAACAUUGGUUAUGGAUUGGUGAAUCUUGAAAAACUGUGUCUUCAUUUGAACAAGCUAAAAGCUUUUCCAAAUUCUAUCUGUGAAAUGAAAUCAUUGAAAAUUUUAGAUGCUCAUUUCAAUUCACUUCAUAGUCUACCUCAUGCAAUUGGUAAACUGACAGAACUUGAGGUCUUGAAUGUGAGCAGCAAUUUUACUGAUUUAGUUGAGGUACCUGAUUCAGUUGGUGAUCUAUCAAAUCUCAGAGAACUUGAUGUUAGCAACAACCAAAUUCGUGUCAUUCCCGACACUAUUUAUCAGCUUGAACAUCUAACUAAGCUUAACUUAGAUCAAAAUCCACUUGUAAUUCCUCCAAUAGAUGUAGUGAACAAAGGACUUCAAGCUAUCAAGGAAUACAUGGUGAAGAGACGGCUUGAUAUUUUGGAAGCUGAGAAAGAACAAAGUUUGUCUGCAAACAAUGAGGCGUCUUCUGAGAUGGGAUGGAUGGCAUGGGGCUCAUCCAUGCUCCAAAACGUUUAUUCUGGAGGAAAUACUCGGACCGAUCCAUUUUUGGAUCAACAGUUGUAAGUGGCAUCAUUAUUUCAUACAUGUAUCGUAUGGUCCUUUUUUGUGGUUAUGCGAAGUUAAAGUUUGUAUUGACUAUGAGUAUAUUCUCUCAGUUGUUGGAUAAAUAAUGCUGAAUAAGUAACCUAUUGUAUGUAACUCUUGUUAAAUUUGUGGUCUUGAGCUGAUAUAUGAGAGUCCUACCAUUCAGAUUA